AUGGCUCAGUCAAAGCGUGAAGAAACCAAAGGAUCCAAAACGAAAGGGCGUGAUAUUGCCAACACCAUACCUCCCCCACCAGGUUUCGAUUCUAAACCACUCGAACAUACAAAGCAAGCUACAAAAAGGGACCACAAGGCAGACUUGAAUGAAUUAAAGUCAAAGAAGAUAUACGAGCUGGCAAUCGGUCCGGCCAAGUCCAUUCCAAUGAAUGCAUUUAUGAGUUACAUGACAGGAAAUUCACUACAAAUCAUUCCAGUUACAAUGACAAUGAUGUUGCUCUGGAACCCCAUCAAAGCAAUCUUCAAUGAUCUCAAUCCAACGUUUCUGAAAUUAAAAACAGAAGACAACCUGCUGCUUAUCUUUUUUGCCAAAUUGGGGUUUAUAUUCUUUCAGUUGAUGAACAUGUCUAUUGGUAUCUACAAAUUAUACACAAUGGGUCUCAUACCACAUCUGGAAGCAGAUUGGCUAGCAUGGUUAGAGGCGGUACCUAGUUUGGAUGUAUUACAUAGUUGA